CUUGCUAGACACCGUGGGAAAUUGCUUACUAAUUUCACACCCAAAAGAGAUUGAAAAAACAGAGAGUUUCUUAUUUGCAGUCUGCAUUUUGGUAAGGAUGGAGCAUUCACGUCGAACUCAUGGCAGGCUGAUUUUGUUUAAACUCUUUCAUGGCUUCAUUCUUUUAUGCAUGACCACAAGUCUGGAAUCUGCAGCACUGUCCAGCACUAGUCUUGGAAAUGAAACUGAUCGCCUGGCGCUGCUCGACUUCAAGAAACACAUCACUCAAGAUGCUCUCCGUGUCAUGAGCUCAUGGAAUGAUUCCAUCCAUUUCUGCAGUUGGGUUGGUGUUACGUGCAACCAUUCCACCAAGAGAGUCUUGAAUUUGAACCUGCCAGAUCAAAACUUGGCAGGCUCGUUACCCCCUUCUAUAGGAAAUCUUUCCUAUCUUACUAGUAUCAACCUAGGAAGCAACAGCUUUCGUGGUGAAAUUCCUCAGGAAAUUGGUCGUCUGCAAAGCCUACACGUUCUCAACUUGUCUCACAAUUCCUUCAGUGGGAAAAUUCCAACCAAUUUAUCCCAGUGUACACAACUAAAGACGCUUGAGUUUCGUUACAAUGAACUUAUUGGCUCGAUUCCAAAACAACUCAGUUCAUUGUCGAAAUUAAAGCAUCUGGUGCUUUAUUACAACAGUCUGACUGGAACCAUCCCGAGUUGGAUAGGAAACUUUUCUUCUCUGCGUUGGAUAGAUUUUGCCGCAAACAAUUUUCAAGGAAGCAUACCCAAUGCGCUCGGGCGGCUAACAAGAUUGCAAGAAUUCGCACUUGAAGGAAACAAGCUCUCUGGUAUAAUCCCUGCUUCAAUCUAUAAUAUUUCUUCCAUAUACUUGUUUGGUGUUACUUCAAACCAAUUGCAUGGAGAGCUACCAACAAAUCUCGGCCUUACUCUUCCUAAUCUCCAAGAAUUUGUCUGUAGCGACAACCAAUUCACAGGAAUUAUUCCUGUAUCAUUGUCAAAUGCUUCUAGACUACAAGUUAUUGACUUCGCUAAAAAUGGUCUUACUGGAACAAUCCCAGGUGAAAAUCUUGGAACCUUGCGAAGCUUAGUUGCACUAAACCUUAAUCACAAUAGAUUGGGAAGUGGGAAAGCUGGGGACCUGAAUUUUCUCAAAUUCUUGGCUAAUUGUACUAGUCUGGAGUGGUUGAAUCUUUCCAGAAAUCAAUUUGGAGGAGAAUUGCCUGUAUCCAUGUCCAACCUUUCUACCACACUAAGAAAUCUUUUUCUGGGGAUAAAUUCGAUACAUGGAAGCAUCCCUUUGGGUAUUGGAAAUCUAGUAAACUUGGCCCUUGUUGAAAUGGAUAAUAACUAUUUCAGUGGUAGUCUCCCUGAAGAAAUCGGGAGGCUUCAGAAAUUGAAUGUACUAUAUUUGGACGACAACACUUUUUCUGGGCCAAUCCCGUCGUCCCUGGGUAACAUGACUUCAUUGACAAAACUCUUCCUACAACAGAAUAGAUUUCUGGGAAAUAUACCACCAAGUCUAGGAGACUGCCAACAUCUUCUACUGCUUAACCUUUCUGUUAACAAUCUAACAGGCACCAUACCUAAAGAGAUUUUUGGGCUUUCAUCCCUUACAAUUUCUUUGACAAUGUCUGACAAUAAGUUGACAGGUCCAUUGCCAUCUGAAGUUGGUCUUUUGGUACAUCUAGUAGAGCUAGAUUUAUCAAGAAACAAUUUAUCAGCUGAAAUUCCCACAAGCCUUGACAGUUGUGUUAUGUUGGUGCGUUUACAAUUGGGAGGUAAUGAGCUUCAAGGGAUAAUUCCUCAAUCUCUUAAAAGUUUAAGAAGCCUGGAAGAAAUUGAUCUUUCAAGCAAUAACUUAUCCGGGCAGGUUCCUGAGUUUCUAAGCAAGUUUAGAUUUCUUAGGCAUCUCAAUCUCUCGUAUAAUAAUUUUGAGGGUAAAAUGCCUGAAGAAGGGAUCUUUUCAAAUGCAACUGGUCUCUCAAUUCUUGGAAAUGCUAAUCUAUGUGGUGGUAGCUCGAAAUUACAUUUACCUGCAUGCCCCAACAUAAAGCCUCACUCAUCUCGAGGACUGCUUGCUCGAAAAGUAGUCAUCUCUGUAGCUUGCGCACUUGCCAUCAUAAUUGGUAUGUCAUGCCUUAUUGUUGCUCGUUCAGUGCUUAAGAGGCCAAGGAGUAUAUAUGUACGCUCACGUUCUUAUGAGGAUUGGAAAGCAAGUGUCUCUUACUCAGAACUUGUUCAAUCAACUGACGGGUUCUCUACAGAAAAUUUGAUUGGUUCUGGAAGUUUUGGUUUUGUUUACAAAGGAGUAGUCCCCGGUGAUGGAACUCUAGUUGCAGUUAAGGUGUUAAACCUUCAACAACAAGGAGCAUCCAAGAGUUUUAUGGAUGAAUGUAAAGCUUUGAGAAACGUAAGGCAUCGUAAUCUUCUGAAGAUCAUAACUGCAUGCUCAAGCAUUGACAACCAGGGUCAAGAUUUCAAAAGUCUAGUUUUUGAGUACAUGGUAAAUGGAAGCCUAGAAAUGUGGCUACAUCCGAGAAAUGACGAGCACACUCAGAGUAAGAGAUUGAGCCUUGUCCAAAGACUCAAUAUUGUAAUCGAUAUUGCUUCUGCAUUGGAUUAUCUCCACAACCAUUGUGAAACUUCAAUUGUUCAUUGUGAUAUGAAGCCAAAUAAUGUUCUUCUAGACGAAGAUAUGGUAGCUCAUGUUGGUGACUUUGGUUUAGCAAGGUUCCUCUUGGAGGCGUCUAAUGAUCCCGCUCAAAGUCAAACCAUAUCAACCGGAUUAAAGGGUUCAAUAGGCUACAUUCCUACAGAGUAUGGCAUGGGAGGCCAAGUUUCCAUCCUUGGAGAUGUUUAUAGUUUUGGAAUACUAUUGCUAGAAAUGUUCACAGGAAGACGACCUACAGAUGACAUGUUCAAAGAUGGUUUGAGCAUUCACCAGUUCACUGCCAUGGCGAUGCCUGACCAUGCCAUGGACAUAGUUGACCCACUGCUGCUCGUUGAAUGUGAAGAUGCAGAUGUUGAUGGAAGCCCAAUUCAAGCAAGAAGGUUGGUGGAAUGCUCAGUUUCAGUGAUGCAAAUUGGACUCUCAUGCUCUGCCACAUCACCGUCAGAGCGAAUGCUUAUGGGUGCUGUUGUGAACAAAUUAAAGACAAUUAGAGAUUCAUAUCUCAAAUUAAGAGGUAGAGGCUAGAAAUAUAAAUGUGAUAGUUCCAUUCUCCUAGACCUCGUGGUCCAAGAAAAUUAUGAUCACUCACGGUUCGAUCAUCAUCCAACGGUGGAGGACAUAAGAUCGAAUGGUGGGAGACCACACUUGAACCUUGUGGUCUAGGAUAACGGAAUUGAUAAAUGUGAGGUCAAGUUUGUUAAAUAAUUAGCCUCGUAUCGUCUGUGUGCAAGAAAUCAUUUGAAUAAGGAUAUUAUACAUAUCGAAUUUGUGUGAGAUUAUGUAAGGUUGAACUCAACAUUUUAUAUAGUAGAAUAAGGAAAGGAUGUUUGAAUCCUGUUUCUUCC